AUGCAGAAAAUCGAAAAGACUCGUGUCGUCAUUGCAGGUGGAGGUCCGGUUGGCUUGUUCACGGCCUAUCUCCUUGCCCGCCAGAAGAUCGAGUCCAUCGUCUUGGAGAGGCGCCUAGGCGUUUCUGACCACCCCAAAGCACAUACGAUCAAUCCCAUGACGCUAGAAAUAUUCCGCCAGGCAGGCUUAGAUGUUGCUUAUAUCCGAAAACAUGCAGCGACAGCCGAAGAUGCCGGACUGGUGCGUCUUGUUUAUGGCCUGGCCGAUGCCGAGAUUGGCUGCUUCCCCUACGAACGCCAAGAUGACAAGGUGCGCACUCUGACACCCGAGCCUUUGGUGAAUUGGCCACAGCCAGAGCUAGAACGCCUCCUCGAGAAGGCGGUAGUGGAGACCGGCCUCGUUCAAUUCAGGAGGGGCUGGCAGGUGGAUGCAGUCGACAUUACGGAUGUGGAGGGGACUGGCUGCGUCGUUUCGUGCAGUCCCAAGGGACAGGAUCGCGACAUCAAAACACUCAGCAUCGAGGCCGAUUUCGUCAUUGGUGCCGAUGGCGCCAAUUCGACCGUGCGGGAUAAGACGGCCGGCAUUGAGUUUGAAUCCUUGGGAACUGGCCAUGCUUACCAGUCAAUUGUCUGUAAAGGCAGCCUGCGCUCUGCGCUUCCGCCGGGUCGCGAGGCCAUGCUCUACUUUUGCUUCCACCCCGAGCAUCCCAGCGAGUUCAUCGCACACAAUGUCGAUUCCUCCUUCGUCCACGUCGUUCCUGUCAUGGACCCCGCGUCAACUGGUGGACAACCCAAGGCACCACCAAUUGAGGCCUGCCUUCCAGGUCUGCAAUACUCGGAGGUCCUUCGUACUAUUUGGGAGACUGCUCCUCGGGUGGCAUUCUCGUACAGUGAUGCAACGCUCCGUGUGUUUCUUUUGGGAGAUGCUGCCCACAGCUUGCCGCCUCAGGGUGGUCUCGGUCUCAACACAGGCAUCGCCGAUGCACACAACCUGGUGUGGAAACUUGCUGCCAUAAUCCAGGGGAAAGGCACCCCGAGCCUUCUCACCAGCUUCACCCGUGAGCGUCGACCUGUUGCACUGGCAAAUAUCGAGUACUCCAAGGCUAGUGAGGCCGCCUUCUACUCCGUCAGUACCAUACUGGUGGGCCUCGCCCUCCAGUACAAAGAAGCGAGGGCGCAGGCGCCAGAUCUCACCAUGGAUGGAUUCCUCCAACGGCCCGCCGUUUCCGCUACGGCAGUUGAGGCAGUCACAGAGGCGAGCAGACAUUUCGACUCUCUAGCUCUCCAGCUCGGAUUCAUCUACGACGAUCCGUCUCGGACGUUGUCUCUUCUUGAAAAGCCAACGGUAUACGUGCCACGAGCAUGUCCUGGAGCAAGGCUGCCGCACGGGACCAUCAACGAUGGGUUAUCCCUUUUCGACCUUGUGCCCUACGAUCGAUUCACCGUGCUGCACUUCGCGAAUCCGGCGUUCGCAUCCUGCCACUGGGCAAUUGAUGUGGCAAGCCUUGGUCUGCCCGAAAGUUGGUUUGAAGUGGUCCCGGAAAUCAAAGAGGGGAAGGGAAUCAUUAUCAGGCCGGACAACCAUGUUCUACUGCAUGUGGAUAACCUGGUUCAGGCGGACGAUGCGGUCAAGAAGUAUUUGGAUAAAGGGAAGUGCGCGUGA